UGCCCAUAACGGGCAGCGCGCACUCCGAGGCUGUUUCUCCAGAGCGCAGGCUGGGACUGACUGGCACCGCGAGCCCAGAGCACCCCCGGAGCUGAGAACACCACGCGCCCCCACCACAUCCACCCCACGGCCGCUGAAUGAGGCUUCCAGGUGCCCGCUUGCUGCCCGCAGCGCCCCGCCGGAGGUCCGCUCGCUGAGGGGCGGCUGGUGCGCUGGCCGCCCGUGCGCUCACCUGCCAGCUUGCGCGCCAUGGGGCAGCCCGGGAACCGCAGCGUCUUUUUGCUGGCGCCCAACGGAAGCCACGCACCGGACCAAGACGUCACACAGGAACGGGACGAGGCGUGGGUGGUAGGCAUGGGCAUCGUCAUGUCGCUUAUCGUCCUGGCCAUCGUGUUUGGAAACGUGCUGGUCAUCACAGCCAUCGCCAAGUUCGAGCGUCUGCAGACAGUCACCAACUACUUCAUCACCUCCCUGGCCUGUGCUGACCUGCUCAUGGGCCUGGCGGUGGUGCCCUUUGGGGCCUGCCACAUCCUCAUGAAAAUGUGGGCUUUUGGCAACUUCUGGUGUGAGUUUUGGACUUCCAUUGACGUGUUGUGCGUCACAGCCAGCAUUGAGACCCUGUGCGUGAUCGCCGUGGAUCGCUACCUUGCCAUCACAUCACCCUUCAAGUAUCAGUGCCUGCUGACCAAGAAUAAGGCGCGGGUGGUCGUUUUGAUGGUGUGGGUCGUGUCCGGCCUUACCUCCUUCUUGCCCAUUCAGAUGCACUGGUACCGGGCCACCCACCAGGAAGCCAUCAACUGCUAUGCCAAGGAGACCUGCUGUGACUUCUUCACGAACCAAGCCUAUGCCAUUGCCUCCUCCAUUGUGUCCUUCUACUUGCCCCUGGUGGUCAUGGUCUUCGUCUACUCCAAGGUCUUCCAGGUAGCCAAAAGGCAGCUCCAGAAGAUCGACAAAUCUGAGGGCCGCUUCCAUACCCAGAACAUCAGCCAAAUGGAGCAGGAUGGGCGGAGCGGGCCCGGACAACGCAGGGCCUCCAAGUUCUGCUUGAAGGAACACAAAGCCCUCAAGACUUUAGGCAUUAUCAUGGGCACUUUCACCCUGUGCUGGCUGCCCUUCUUCAUUGUCAACAUUGUGCACGUGAUCCAGGAUAACCUCAUCCCUAAGGAAGUUUACAUCCUUCUAAACUGGGUGGGCUAUGUCAACUCUGCUUUCAAUCCCCUCAUCUACUGCCGGAGCCCCGAUUUCAGGAUUGCCUUCCAGGAGCUCCUGUGCCAGCGCAAGUCUUCCUUGAAGGCCUCUGGGGAUGGCUACUCCAGCAACAGCAAUGGCAGAACUGACUACCCAGGGGAACAGAGUGGAUAUCACCUGGGGGAGGAGAAAGACAAUGAACUGCUGUGUGAGGAUCUCCCAGGCACGGAAGACUUCGUGAACCGGCAAGGUACUGUGCCCAAUGAUAACACUGAUUCGCAAGGGAGGAACUGUAGUACAAAUGACUCACUGCUGUAAUGCGCUUUUUCUACUUUUUAAGACCCCUUCUCCCCCCACCCAACAAAACACUAAACAGACUAUUUAACUUGAGUGUAAUAAAUUUAGAAUAAACUUGUAUAGAGAUGUGCAGGAGGAAGGAUAUCCUUCUGCCUUUUUAUUUUUUUAAGUUGUAAAAAAGAGAAAACGUAUUUGAGUGACUGUUUCUUGUACAGUUCAGUUCCUCUUUGCAUGGAACUCGUAAGUUUAUGUCUGAAGGGCUUCAGUCUCAGAGGACCUGGGGCUGCUAUGUUUUAAUGACUUUUCCCGCAUAUCUACCUCAUUGAUCAAGUAUUAGGGGUAAUAUAUUGCUGCUGGUAAUUUGUAUCUGAAGGAGACUUUCCUUCCUGCACCCUUGGACUGGACAAACUCGAGUCUCUCGGACCUUUUGCUGUGAACAUGGACUCUCCCCGCCCCUCUUAUUUGCUCAAACGGGGUGUUGUAGGCAGGGAUUUGAGGGGCAGCUUCGGUUGUUUUCCUGAGCAAAGUCUAAAGUUUACAGUAAAUAAAUUGUUUGACCAUGA